AUGCACAACGAAUCCCAGCCCAACGAUGACUCCUCUGUUGAGGAGCAGGUGAUUGUCUACCUCAACAGCGACACCGCCAGGCAAGCUAUCCACAAGGAUAUCGACAACCUGGGCAAGAACAUCGAGACUAUCAAUGCACUCUUCGACAAAGUCAUGCGCCCUCUUCAGGCAUUUGACCACCAGUCCCCUGACGGUAAGAGUGUGCUCGCGACGCAGUGGGCCGCCUUCCGCAAGGUAGUACCUGCUACAGGAAUUCAACCACUUGUGUACUCGAUAGUGUACACCGAAGCGGUCUUGGGCAAGGUCAAGGCCCUCAAUUGCGAUGUUUCGACCUUGAUGACGGAGAUUGGGCGGCUUCGAGAGGUAACGACCAUGGCCGCACGUCGUCAUGCAGCCAUAUAA